AAACUCCUCCCUCCGCCCUUUUUACACUCCUCAACUCGGUCCUGUUUCCGCUGGGGCCGUAACCAUGAAGCCUUCCUCUGGGGCCGUCGACAGCUUCUUCUCCUAUCUCAUUCACGGCCUCGACGAGCUUGACCGGUCGCUGGCGUCGGACGCCUUCAUGUCUAUCCAGUUCCUGCAGGGGGCCGUCGCCCUCCUCCGCUCGCUCCACUUGCAGUUCACUUGCCUGGUUCAGAAGCUCCGCCUUCCUGCCGGCGGCAAGUGGCUCGACGAGUACAUGGACGAAAGCUCCCGCCUUUGGGACGUGUGUCAUGUCAUCAAGCUUGGCGUCACCGGCCUGGAGAGUUACUGCUCCACCGGCGCCGAUGUCUUCUCCUCGAUCGACCAAUGGCGGCACGAGCAGAAUCCCCGCCUCACUCGCCAGGUGAUGCGCGCAAUCUCUAUCUGCCGGAGGGAAGCCAUGGGGUUGGAGGAGGAGAAUAGAGUGUUGGCUGAGACGCGGAUCGAGCCGGCGUCGCUCCGGUUUGACGACCGCGUGCCGAUGGAAUCAAGGUACAACGGAUUCAAUGGCUUCCGGGGAGCACUCUACGCUCUGAGGAACGCCAGCUCGCUGCUGCUAAUGAUCCUGCUGUGGGGGUCGAUCUUCUGCUCGCCGGAUUUGACCGUCAUGGAAGGCUCCACGCUUUGCAGCGCUGGCUUCACCGCCUCGAUAGCGAGGCUGCAGCAGAGGAUGGUCGGAGAGACGGAAAGAAUCAACAGCCGGCCGGGGAUCCUCAUGUACGAGUUUCGGCAGGCGAGGGCGUCUGCUGAGGAGCUGCAGGAAGAACUGGAGAGAGCCGGUUGUGAGCUGGACUUCGCCGGAGGAGGCAUAAUGGAGAAAGCAGAGGGGUUGAAGGCUUGGUUUGGGAUGCUUCAGUCCGGAACUGAGAAUCUCUUGGGGCAAAUGGAUGAUUUCUUCGAUGAGAUUGUGGAAGGAAGAAAGAAACUAUUGGAUCUGUGCUGCCAUAGGUAGUGAUUGGAAGAAGAAGAAGAAGAAGAAUUUGAGGAUAAAAUUUAACAAAGUUGAAUGUUGCCUAACA